GUGGAAGAUGUGAAGUUAUGGCAGGCCGGUAGUCCCCGGGCGCCGCCACCCAAACAUUCAACAUGGAUCCUGGCGAUACUUUCCUCUAUCUCUGGCAGCAGAGGAACUUUGAGAGCGAGACAGGCACCGUAGCACAAAAGGCAGAUACAAUUAGAUUUAAUCUUUCUCAAUUGCACUACUUGAAGUGUAAUUUCAGUGAUAUCAAUGAUUUGACUGUUUCAAGUAAGACUCGGAAACUGUUGUUCGAUUAUGGGCAGCUCAUGGAUAAUACAGAGAAAGAUGGAGGACUUAAUAACUAUGCUGAUCCUAUCCUUACUCUUAUUGGUAAUAGUAAAAAUGAGAGCAAAAGCUGGAAAUGUAACUUGCAAUCAAAGGAUAUCAUUGAUAAAUACUUGAAGCCCCUUCCUUCAAUGUCCAGCAUGCUAGCGGAAGACGCCAAGAAACUAGCACACUUGUUUAAUCAACGCAAGGAGAGACAGGUAGCACAAGAACAACAGAGUGAUGGAUGCACGAGUACAGAAAUGGCAGUGUCAAAAAGUCAGGAUUUAACACAAGCCAGGAAUGAAGUAUCAUUUAACUUAGUCAAUGAAGAUUUUACAGAUUUGAAUACAGCAGUUGGGAGAGGCCAGAAAGCACUUGGCACAUCAGAUGGUCUUCCAUUUAGUAAUGGAAAUGGAUCUUUCAGAAGGGAAGAGGUAAAGCCCAACAGUAGUGCUACACUUGGAGGGAGAGGAAUUCACGGAAAAGGAGGUCCCUAUCCUUGGAAUAGAAGCAAAAUACCUGGGACAAAUGAGGGCAGAUGUGAUGGAAGUGAGGAAUCAAUGGGAAUAGAAAGGAAUAUGUCUGGUAGAAUGGAGUCCUUCAGUGGUUCUUUUGAAGGCACCUCCAAUUAUUCUGGAAGAGGUAAAGGUUUCGGACCACCAGUGGAAAGAUCGAGACAAAAUUGGAAGAGUGGAUCUAUGGUAGACACUUCACGUGAGGUACAACAUGGACAGUCUACCAGGAGCUGGAAGGGAAAAGGAAAAGCAGGUUCAAGGAGCUACCAGUGCCAGAGUAGUGGUGAAGAUUUUGGUGAUGGGCUAAGAGGUAUUGGGAGUGAUCCUUCUGACAAUUAUUUUAGGACAGCCUCUCAUCAACUGCAACUAGAACAGCAGAAGAAGUAUGGUAGAGGAGUGAGUGGGGCAUCUUAUGGGACCGGGAAGAGGUCACUAGGUGUUAGGAGAGCUGUCAACACCAAGUUUGUUCCACCUGUGAGAAAAGAAGAUGAAGAAGAUAGUUUUGGUAGUGAAGGGCUUAUGCGAAGAUGCAUGCCACAUAGUAACUCUGGAAGUUCUGGCGUUGCAGCUGAAAACAAUCCUUAUUCUGAGCUCAUGACCGAUGAAAGAUUGAAGAAUAUUGAACCUAAGAUGAUUGAACUUAUAAUGAAUGAAAUUAUGGAUAGUGGACCAUCUGUAACAUGGGAUGACAUAGCUGGACUAGAUCUGGCUAAAAGUACCAUUCAGGAGGUUGUGGUAUGGCCAAUGCUGCGGCCAGAUAUUUUCACUGGCCUUAGAGGACCACCGAAGGGGAUACUGCUGUUUGGUCCUCCAGGAACUGGAAAAACUAUGAUUGGUAAAUGCAUUGCUUGUCAAAGUGGAUCAACGUUCUUCAGCAUCAGCGCAUCAUCACUAACAUCUAAGUGGGUUGGAGAGGGUGAGAAAAUGGUGAGAGCAAUGUUUGCUGUGGCAAGAUGUCAUCAGCCAGCUGUUAUCUUCAUUGAUGAGAUUGACUCUCUUCUUACCCACCGCUCAGAUUCAGAACAUGAAAGCUCAAGACGCAUUAAAACUGAAUUUCUUAUUCAACUGGAUGGAGCCACUACAGCCAAUGAUGAAAGAUUGUUGAUGGUUGGAGCAACAAAUCGACCUCAAGAACUAGAUGAAGCAGCCCGAAGAAGACUAGUGAAGAAGCUUUAUAUCCCUUUACCUGAGAGUAAGGCUCGUCGGCAAAUUAUAGAAAAAUUAAUGACAAAUCAAAGCCACAGUUUAGUAACUGAUGAUAUUGAACGCAUCUGUCAAAUGACGGAUGGUUACUCUGGGGCCGACAUGACCAACCUGUGUCGGGAAGCUGCUCUGGGACCUAUUAGGUCUAUUAACUUUGCCGACAUCCAUCACAUCUCGGUUGAUCAGGUACGUCCAAUUUGUGCCGAUGACUUCAUGAAUGCUUUGUAUAGCAUCAAAGCAAGUGUGUCUGACAAAGAUCUUCAGAUGUAUGAAGAUUGGAAUAAAAAGUUUGGCAUAUCAGCCAGAUAAUCACAUUAAAGAUUAAGAAAAUUAAUUAAAAAGAAAAUUGCAUUUUAUUAAGAUAAGUAUGCAGGAUUGAGAAUCUAAUGGACUUAUUUUUUUUCUGAAUGAAGAGGUAUUUUCCUUUGGUUUUUAUCUCAUGGAAUCAAACAUUCUUAUGUUAAAGUUCCAUAUUUUAGUUUUAUACUGUAUAUAUGGAAAUAAGUAUAUUAUGUACAAUGUAUGGAAGGCAUACUUUAUAUAAUCUUCAGAAUGUUUAUUUACAAAUACUGCAUCAGGGAUCCUUUACUCUAGGGUGGCAGGAACUGUAUCUUUACAGGAAGUGUUUGUCUACUUUUCGUGAGCACAGAGUCAAUUUUGUUGUCAAUUUCUUCUUGUAUUCUGAGCUCCAAAUAAAAGCGUGUUCUGUAAUUUGUAUUUUGUUUGGUUUUGAAAAAAAAAAUUCAAUGAACAUUAAGACUUUUUAUGAAUAUUAAGAGAAUUAAUAAACUAUAAUAAUUAACUAUAAUUAAUUAAUUAACUAUAAUAAACAAUGGGUGUUUCCUUAGGAUGAUACACUAUAUUUUGUAGUUUCCAUAUGAAAUAGGUACUUGUCUGUACUAGGUGAGUACCUAUUUCAUUUGAAAACUACAAAAUAUAAGGUAUCAUCCUAUGGGAACACCCAUUGUUUAUUCUAGUUAGAAUUUUAAUUAUCUUAAUGUUCAGAGAAAUUCUCAAUGAAAUUUUUUAUGAAAUAUGUGAUACUGUAAUGUAAUUUUGAUUAAUUAGAAGUGACCAUUACUAUUGGGGCUUGACUAUGUUACUCGGCUGCUUCAGACCUAAAUACAGCAUUUUCCAGUGUUAUGUUUAUGUAAUCCAAUUUAACACAAUUUUUCCAUAAAAAUGAUUGAAUUUUCAAUGUACAGUAACUAUAAAAAGUGCAUUUAUUUUUGGAACUGUUUUGUAUGCUAGUAGAUCAAUGCCAUUGGUGAGAUUGGCAAUUCAGUUUUAAGUGUUACUGAGUAGUCAGCCAUAUUCGGUAAUGUUGCCAGUAUAAAUAAAUUACAGUAUAUAUUUGUCAUCUUAUGCAAAAUUAUUAAUGAUAUUGCAAUGUCACCUCAUUCUGUAUGACCUAUGUAUUUUAUUACUUCUAAGCCAAAUAAAUUAAUUAAAUUUU